AUAUAAAUAGAAAAUAACUGAGAAAAAAACUCAGAAAACAAAAAUGGCGGAAUUGUUGGUGGAAGAAACUCGAAUCCCACAGCAAAAGCACUACAAAUCCAAACCAUUCCCGGCGGUGAUAUCACCACCGUCUUCGUCGAUUCCGAUUCCUGCUGUGUCUCUUCCACUAUUCACUCAGAGUAUCAAGAAUCAGAAACCCUACCUCGAUUCGCUCUUGCACGAAUCCGGAACAGUGAUAUUCAGAGGUUUUCCGGUGAAUUCCGCCGAGGAUUUCAACGACGUCGUUGAAGCUUUCGGUUUCGAUGAGUUUCCUUACGUCGGAGGCGCUGCUCCUCGCACUAGCGUCGUCGGCCGUGUCUUCACUGCUAAUGAAUCUCCUCCUGAUCAGAAGAUUCCUUUUCACCACGAGAUGGCUCAGGUACCUGAGUUUCCAUCAAAGUUGUUCUUUUACUGUGAGAUUGAGCCUAAAUCUGGUGGAGAGACUCCAAUUGUGUUGAGUCAUGUUGUGUAUGAGAGAAUGAAAGAGAAACAUCCAGAGUUUGUUCAAAGAUUGGAGGAACAUGGUUUGCUUUAUGUUAGGGUUUUAGGUGAAGAUGAUGAUCCUUCAUCUCCCAUUGGACGUGGUUGGAAAUCUACUUUCUUGACCCAUGACAAGAACCUUGCUGAGCAAAGGGCGGCUAAUUUGGGAAUGAAAUUGGAAUGGACAGAGGAUGGUGGAGCCAAGACGGUAAUGGGUCCGAUACCGGCUAUCAAAUAUGACGAGUCGAGAAACCGCAAAGUAUGGUUUAAUAGUAUGGUAGCUGCUUAUACGGGCUGGGAGGAUAAGCGGAAUGAUCCAAGAAAGGCUGUGACUUUUGGGGAUGGAAAGCCUUUACCCGAGGAUAUAGUUCAUGACUGUCUCAGAAUCCUUGAAGAGGAAUGUGUUGCUGUUCCGUGGCAGAGAGGAGAUGUUCUGCUUAUCGAUAACUGGGCGGUUCUUCACUCUCGAAGACCAUUUGAACCUCCUCGCCGGGUUCUUGCAUCACUCUGCAAAUAGAUUAUGUUGUCUUCCACACAUAAAUCAAAGCUUUGGAUAGAUGAAACACUGUACAUAUUGCAUACAUAUAUUUGGGUAUUAUAGUAACCCAUUUCUUUAUUCAAAACAUCUCUUAA